AUGGCCAAGCUUCAGACGCCGGUCAAAUCGUCCUUUGACUCGAUCAAUGACAGCUUGAAGGAAACCCAUAGCGGCCUGAACAAAUACACCAAAUCUCUCGAUAAGCUCUUCAAAGACCGUCCUCUUCCAAGUACCGAUCACGAUGCCCUCUCCUCACAGGAAAACCUGAUCAACCGCGCGAUUGCGAUGCACCUCCUCCGCGAAGGUCAGUUCGCCGUCGCCGCAACCUUCCUCUCGGAGAUCGCCGAGCACAAGAUGGAUACUCCAACGCAGCAGACAAAUGAGAGCGCGAGUGCCAGCGCCAGCGACCCCGCAAACCUCCUCGACCUCGACGAAGUCCCCUCAACUGAGAUCAGGAAACAGUUUGCCUCGAUGUACUACAUCCUCCAGCAACUACAAGAACACAAGAACCUUCUACCCGCUAUCGAAUGGUCAAGGGAACACCGCAACGCCCUGGAAGCCCGAGGCAGUAAUCUGGAAUUCGAGCUCUGCCGUCUACAGUAUGUGUGGCUGUACCACGGAGGAUCGAGCGGCCAAGACGGGCCAACAGGCUGGCAGGAAGCUCUAGCAUACGCCCGCCGUGAAUUCCACGUCUUUGUUCCUCGAUACCUGCGAGAAGUGCAGCAGCUGAUCGGUGCCAUGGCCUACUCGCCAAACCUCGAAGCCUCGCCUUAUGCAUCUCUCUUCAACACUGCAUCCGCCUGGGACGAUGUGGCCCACUUCUUCACGCGCGAGUUCUGUUCUCUUCUCGGGUUGUCGGCUGACUCGCCACUUUACAUUGCUGCGACUGCCGGUGCGAUCGCCUUGCCAACGCUGCUGAAGUUGCAGACUAUCAUGAGAGCGAAGCGCACGGAGUGGACAUCUGAAAACGAGCUUCCGGUCGAAAUCUCACUCCCGCCCUCAUACCUCUUCCACUCGAUCUUCGUCUGCCCCGUAUCCAAGGAACAAGCGACAGAUGCGAACCCACCAAUGAUGAUGCCUUGCGGACAUGUCAUCGCAGAGGAAUCACUGAAGCGUCUUGGGAAGAGCAACCGGUUCAAGUGCCCGUACUGUCCAAGCGAGAGCCACCCCAAGGACGCGCGCAAAGUGUUCCUGUGA